GCACACACAGACGCGCACGCACACGCGGCCGCGCCCGUCGCGUAUUUAGGUAUAUUGUUGUUUAUUUUAUUCGGCGCUAUGCUCUACCACGGGCCGAGCCUUUCGACUCAGUUUUAACGCGCACGGUUUAUGAAACGACAACUGUGCUAUGUUCGCUCGCUAAUUAUUCAUAUCGUAAUUCGUAGCCGCUUGUCGCGGCGAAAAUAGCAACAAUACCGCGGUUUUAUUAAUUCGAACACAAUAUAUUUUUUACGCGCCCGGCUCUUGUGUCUCCGCGAAUCUUAAUGGCAGUUAAUCAUAGUUUAUUUUUAACCCAACGUGUGUUAAUAAUUGUGUUGGGGCCUCUGUUUCGUUCUAGUAUUUGAUUGAAUCGCGUUUGCGGAAGCGAUUUGGUGCGUAAAAAAUUUGCGAACGCCGAGUUUGUUCACCUACAGACCCAGUUACAGAGAUAAAGUUUAUAGAUUAAAUACUUUUUGGUUGGCGACAAUUGGCGCGAAAGAUUCAAAAGUUCCGAUUUUGAAAACAUUGGCGGGAGCGCGGUGCGGUGGAAGCGGGACGAAAUUUUGAAAAGUGUUGAGCAUACAUGAAAUGCCACGAGUGUUUUUUUAACGCGUUUUCGAGGCUAAGCGCUAGUUGUUUGAACAAGUGUGUUUUCUAAUGGAUUUAUUUUGAGAUUGUAUUCAAAACAUUGGACCCGUAUCGCUUCAGUCAUUUCAAGAGAACGACCAAGGUGUGCCGCCGGGUGCCGUAUGUGGUCACUGACUUUUAAUAUUGUAUAUUGACUAUUGCUGUGUAGUGACUCAUAUUAUUUGUGAUAUCUGGAUGUGUCUCCAGCGAGAUGAAGACGAUAAUCAAAAAAUAGAUGAAACGAGACCAAUGGUGCAACUACCUCUUCUGGGUCCGGAGCCAGCUCUAAACUCAAGCCCAGGUGGUGCUGCGAAGCCGCCGCCACUCAACUCCUUCGAGCUGGACCGCUGUUUGGACAGAGACGAGUCCGGGAGGUGGGGCGACGCGGCGCGGCGUCGCCGGCGCAGCUCGCCCCCCCGCCGCUCACCCCCGCGGGAAAAUGAGCCGCUUUCACUUGCUAGGGCCUCCGCCCCCACAUCCCCAACCGGCGGUUCUACUCAAUCGAGCCCUGCGCCCGCGUCCCCCGCCGGCAGUAGUACUGCGCCCCGCUCCCCGCUGCCGCUUGUGGCGCCCGACCUGCUGGCGAUGCAGCUACUCGACCAGCACUCGCAACUCCAGGCACUGAUGAAGCAGCGGUUGUUCCAUCAGCACCAUAUGCAAAAACAGCACAUGUCGUCCGAGGCGGCCAAGCGCUUGGAGCAGUCUCGGUUGCAAGACCAGAUCAAUCUCAACCUGCUCUCACAGUCCCACCUCCAGCCUCCAGAUAGUUCACCAGGGUCUCUCCAGCAACAGCUGGGAGCUCAACAGCAACAGCUGGUGCAGCAGCUGCAAGCUGUGCAGCGUCAGUACUUGAUGCAUGCACCUCUUUCUGUACCGCCAAAUGCGCCGCCCGGUUUAAUGCUAUGGGGUAGUGAAAUAGAAGAGCACCCUCUAUACGGGAGGGGUGUUUGCAAGUGGCCCGGCUGUGACGCUCUGGCCGAAGAUUUCCAAGCGUUUUUAAAGCACCUGGAAGCAGCGCACACGCUGGACGACCGGUCCGCCGCGCAGGCCCGCGUCCAGAUGCAGGUGGUGGCCCAGCUGGAGCUGCAGCUGCGCCGCGAGCGCGACCGCCUCGCCGCCAUGAUGCGACACCUCCAUGCUGCGAGGGACUCGCAUCAUCAUAAGAUGCCGCAUGGGGGUGCUAAUGAAGGAGCUUCCCCCGGCCCGGUGCGGCGUCGUGUGUCUGAUAAAUCCGGUGUAGCCAUAGCUGGAGAAAUACAAAGGAAUCGCGAGUUUUAUAAGAGCGCUGAUGUGCGUCCGCCUUUUACCUAUGCAUCGCUGAUUCGUCAGGCCAUUAUAGAAUCUCCAGACAAGCAGCUCACCUUAAACGAGAUUUACAACUGGUUCCAGACCACUUUCUGCUACUUUAGACGUAACGCUGCUACUUGGAAGAAUGCAAUCCGGACGAACCUGUCUCUACACAAAUGUUUCGUGCGCUACGAGGAUGACUUCGGUUCCUUUUGGAUGGUGGAUGAUGCCGAAUUCGUGAAGAGACGGCAUCUAAGUCGAGGGCGGCCCAGGAAAUACGAACCGGCGCCUCCCGGACCCAACGCUCCACAGUUUAUGGGUGCUCAAAGUCCACCAAUGAUGACGAGCCCUCAUGGCUAUAGUGAGGCUUUGAAACGAAACCUACAGGGUAUGAUGGAAGAUUGCAACCUAGCAUAUAUGUCUACAGAUGAUCACUUGAUGCAGACGGAAGAUUAUCAAUCUUCACAUGAGGAUUAUAGCCGACCUCCAAUAAUGAACGGAUAUGGUAACAGCAGUUCGUCGCACGACGUUAAGGCCGAGGAUCUCAGCGGCAAUGAGGCGCAAGACAUAAAGCCUAAUAUUUAUGCGCUCAAGAAUGAGAUGCAGGCGUCGGAUUAUACUAAUAAAGGUGACUACUCAAAUUCUACUAAAGAAACAUCAAGCAACCGCUCUAGCGACACCAGUCCAUACAACGAGUAUCGUCCCGAAGACAGAUACCGCGCUCUUUCGCAUAUCAAGGACGAAGCAGAAAACCUUUCGCUCAACGAACAGAGGAAUGACAAAUAGACAGACAAACAAAUAGAGAAACAAACAAACAGACAAACAGAGAAAGGACAAAUAAACAAACAAAGAAACAAGAAAUAAAGAGAGAUCCAAACAGAAAGAGACACGAAGAAAAAGGCGAGUAACAACUAAGAUUCGGGAGAUUUAAUUUGGAAUACCUCCCCAAAAUUUCCAAGUGAGAAACCAUCGAAUUGAAUUUUUAAGAGAAUUUAUGGGCAGAAUUCGAUUUUUUUUAGGAAAUUUGAAUUUGUAAGCAAUUUCUCGAUUAUAACGGUGUAGUAAUAUAUCACAUACAUUUACGGGUGUAGUUGAUUCGCGUUAGACCACGGUGUAAAUGUGUUCACAUAAUUACGAAUGCGGUUAAGAUAACCAAAAAUAUUUCUUUUCGCCCGGUUUUAACGGGACAUCGAGUAUUAUAGUUUUAUUUCUAUUAAGUUUUUAGCUAUUUUGAAUUGUUAGUUGUUAGACUAGGGAUCGAAUUGGGACAAUCGUCGCGCUACCCUAAAAGGUUCAUAUCAAUAUUGAAAUAUUUAAAAGUAUUUAAUCAUUAUUUGUAACAAGUAAGAACAAUAAGUAGUUGUAAUCGUAAGUUUAGUACAUUCACGCAUAGCGUUUUGGUUCGUUUUAAAAGUUAGACGCAUUCCUUGUUAGAUGUUUAGUACUAAGAUACUACAAGCGACAGUUUAAGUCGCAAGUAUAAUGCCGUACUUUCAUACUAACAAGGAAUAUGGAUCUCAAAUCUUUACAAUAGUUCAAUUAAUAUAACAUUUGAUACUUUUCAUCGUAUACGGAAUUGAUAAAUGAUCUGACAUUUUUUUUAUUUUUAUUUUAUUUUGUAAGUGUGCCAUAGUGUUGCCGUGGUACUGUUUAAAAUAUUUUGUGAUUUUUUUUUGUUUUUUUUUUUUGCUGUUAAUUAUAUAGGGUGUAAAUAUUUAUCGUGAUGCGAUGUAUAUUAAGUGAUAAGUUAAGUUCAUAUAAGCGUUUACUUAACAUUUAAUGCAUAUUAAAUCGUUCAUGUUGUAGAGAAAUUUAGGAAUUUAGUAAAAUUAGUGAUGUGCGAUAUGUUUUAUUUUUUGUGCAUUUUUUGGUUUGAAGUGCAUUUAUAAUGGUAUUUCUGAAUAUUAAAUUAUAAAGAGGGUGUAAAUCAUAUCACAGUGUAUAGUUGUAAUAGUAGAACAGCUUUGAAGGCAUUUAAAGUAGAGAUUUGAUAUAGCACAAAGUUUUCACCAUUGAUUAAAUAUAAUAAUUAUUAUUACAUAUUUAUAGUACAUGACGAUUUUUGGCUUUCACUUUCAAACAAUUUUAAAUAUGUUUAUUUUUGUAUGUCACUAAAAAUCAACAAAGCGCACACUUGUAAAAAUAAAAAUUUUACAGUUUUUUUACAAAAUGUAUUUACAUAAAUGUGUGUUAAUUUUUUAUAGAAGUCAGGAAGUUAUGUUAAUGACUGAAUUUAUUCUGAUAUUUGUAUUGUAAAGGAACAGAUAAGUAUACAAAAAUUAAGUUUGUAUUUAGGUUUUUUACAAGAUAUGUGUUAUUGACAUUGCAAUUCGAUGUUUAAAUGAUUUUUUUUUUAAGAAAUCCUGAUUUUUUUUGUUGUUUUGUUCACUUAUGCACGUAACGUUCUGUAUUAUGUACCAAGGUAAACAUAAGAUUGUUUUUUUUUUAAGAUCCAAUUACACAAUUUGGCGGGAAAAGUGUGCGCCGUUUAUUUCAGUACAAAAAACGAUUAAAGAGGAAUUGAUUGCGUACAAUAUAAUAAUUUAGAUAAUUUAUUUACCACUCGAUUUAUUCCGUGUAUAUUUUAGGGUAUAUACCCUUACAUUAUUUUCCUAAGUGAUAAAAGACAAAUGCCAGUUUUGUAGCUAUUUUAAGCCGUUUCGUACCAAAUAGGCAUUUUAUGUAGUUUAUAAUUAGUAAUAACUGAUGUUUUAUAGUCUCGUUACCUAUUGCGGUUUCGUCGUUCAUUGAUCAUUGUAAAUUAAACUUAAUAUUAAAUACUUAAUUAGUGUUGU